AUGCCUGAGAACAACGGCACUCUGUGUGACGCCGCGACCAAGUCUGAGGUGGAGGCGUGCCACACUCAGAACUGCACACCUUGUGUCGACGGCAAGUGGGCCAGCUGGGGCGACUGGUCUGACUGCACUGCGACCUGCGCCCCCGCGUACAGGAACCGCCACAGGGACCUGGACAGGCAGGCCAAUCUGUGCGGGAAGCCUGCGAGCGGUCUCGGAGACGAGUUCGAGACGUGCCGCGAUCUCCUGAACUGCUCGGCCCUCCAGGAGUCCCGGAACUGCAAGCUCUCGGACUGGGGCGACUGGUCGGACUGCAGCUCCAGCUGCGGGGGGGUGAAGAACCGCUACCGAACUGUGCUCCAGGGGGCGCUGGGCUUGGGCACGCCGUGCAAGGGUGACCUGCAGCACGUGGAGACAUGCUCCCCCGACGCGGCCUGCUUCCCGAAGGAGGCGGUCAACUGCUCGAUGGACGACUGGGCCGACUGGACGCAGUGCUCGGCGAGCUGCGACGGCGGCCAGCGGAAGCGGACCGGCCUGACCAGGACCGGUGAGGUGGUCAGACGACGCCGCCCGAACAUCACGAGCAUGGCCCAGCGCGGGGGGCAGGGGUGCCACAACGAGACGACGGUGAAGGUCGAGGCCUGCGGGACCGACCCCUGCGAUCCCGAGUGCGGGCCCUGCGUGUGGGAGGACUGGUCCGACUGGGGCGACUGCGUGAAGGACGUGCCGGAGUGCAGUAGCCAGCGCUACCGCGAGCGCAAGGUCCUGACGCAGCCCGGCAAGUGCGGAAGGACCUGUCCCCACGGCUCGCUCAAGGAGGCGAGCAACUGCUCGCUCCCCUGCGACGCUGGCACGCAGUCGUACUGCGUCUGGUCGGACUGGAGCGACCAGAGCGAGUGCCAGGGCUCCUGCGAGUUCGCGACCAAGAGCCGGGUGCGGAAGUUGCGCGUGGUCAGCUACAAGAAGCUGGACCUGGAGCUGGAGGGAGGCGAGCCCAAGGAGGCCGUGCUCUUCAAGAUGACCGGCAACGAGCCGUGCAACGGGACGCAGGAGGACUCCGCGGUCUGCAGCCAGGACACGUGCGGCAGCGAGCAGGGGCCAGCCGACUGCGAGUUCGACCCCUGGAGCAGGUGGUCUGACCCUACGUGCACGAACCUGUGCCAGCGCCACCGGGGCAUUGCCCGCCCGAACGAUGAGGGCGGGAAGCCUUGUAGCGGCUCGAUCGUGGAGGCGAAGCCCUGCAAGUACGACUGCAACGAUGCUGGUGCCGAUCCGCAGGACUGUUACUACAGCGAUUUCAAUUGUUCGCUGGCUAUCGAUUGCCUCUUCAGCGAUUGGACUGGCUGGUCGGAGUGCAAGUCAAAGGCGGACCAGGGCUACCGAAAUAGGACUGUCCUUCAAGAGUCGAGGCGUGGCGGUAAAGAAUGCGAAGGCCCACUGGAGGAGACACAUUCAUGCGUCGACCCCGACGCCGAAUUGGUCGACUGUCGUAUCGGAGAAUGGCUGCCAUGGUCUGAGUGCUCCCGGACCUGCGGCGGCGGCGUCCACGAGAGGUCGCGCGAGAUCGCAGUGCAGCCACUGAACGGGGGUGCGUCUUGCUCGGGCCCCCUGAAGCAGGCGCACGCGUGCAACACGCAGCAGUGCAGCCACGACGAUGCGGACCGCCCCUGCGAGCUGACGGAGUGGGCCGACUGGGGCGAAUGCAGCGAUGAUGGCACAAAGGUGAGGCACCGAGAGCUGAAGCACGACGCCAGAGGCAACGGGGUGCGGUGCAAUGGGGCCGUCAAGGAGACGGCGCGCUGCGAAGGGCCAGUAGACUGCCAGAUGACCGAUUGGCAGGAGUGGGAGGCCUGCGACAAGUCGUGCGCUGGUGGGCAGCAGCAGCGCAAGCGCCAGAUCCUGGCUGCCCCCCGCGAGGGCGGCGAGGAGUGCCCCGCGGAUGUGGUGGUGCUGCGAGGCUGCAAUGCGAUCCCGUGCAGCGAGGACGACGCGCAGGUGAGCGAGUGGAGCUCGUGGAGCGCGUGCAGCAAAGACUGCGGCGGGGAGCGGACGCGGCAGCGAUCGGUCCUGCACCCGGCUCAGGGUGGCGGGUCCGCCUUCUUCGGUGCGCUCGCAGAGACGGAGCCCUGCAAAGCCCAGCAGGGCUCGCGCGAGUGCGCGGACUGCACGGAGUGCGCCUGGGCCGAGUGGUCGGAGUGGAGCGGCUGCGACCGAGACUGCGGGGGCGGCCAGCAGAGCCGGGAGCGGGACGUCCAGACGCCGCCCACCGCGGGCUGCCCGCCCUGCGAGCCCCUGGACAAGCACGAGCUGCGGGCCUGCAACACCCUCCCGUGCGGCGCGGACGCCGGCACGGAGUGCAUCGACGGUAGGUGGGGCGCGUGGACGCCCUGGAGCCCGUGCUCCGCCACGUGCCAGGGGGGUAUGACGUCGAGGUCCAGGGACCUGGAGGUGAGGCCGAACCAGUGCGGCAAGCCGGUCGAGGGCCUCUCCACGGAGCACGCGAGCUGCAACGAGCACGUCACGUGCCGGACCGACAGGGACUGCGAGUUCGCGGACUGGGGCUCCUGGACCGCGUGCGAGGACCCCUGCCACGGCCUCAAGCAGCGCGAGCGCCGCAUCCGCGUCGAGGGGGCAGGCGACGGGGCGUAUUGCGACGGCCCGCUCGGGCAGACGGCCCCCUGCCGCGAGAGCACAGAGUGCCAGGGCGUUGAGGCCUCGAAGGUGAAGGACUGCGAGCUGAGUGGCUGGAGCCCGUGGGGGAUGUGCUCUGCGGAGUGCGGCACAGGGCAGAGGUUCCGCUCCCGCGACAUCGUCACCGAGGGCACGCCAGGCGGCAAGCGGUGCAGCGGUGACUUGCGGGAGACGGGCAUCUGCAACUCCAGCAGGCCGUGCGACGAGGAGGCCGAGUGCACGCCGACGGACUGCCGGUGGUCGGACUGGGGCGACUGGAGCGCGUGCGACCACGAGGAGAGGCGCCGGGUGCGGCACAUCACCACGUACCCCAAGUGCGGCGGCGAGGGCUGCAACCCAACCGCCGCGGAGGAGAUCGCCGAGUGCUCGUUCAUACGCCGCAGCGAGACGUUCUGCAUCUGGGGCGACUGGUCGAAGUUCACCGACUGCUCCACCACCUGCGGCAGCGGCCUGAGGAGCAGGCAGCGGCACCUGCUGCUGGCGCUCAGGGCCAACGGCACCGACGCCGCCAACGGCACCGACGGCGCCGGCAGCCCGGGCGGCGCGAACACGGAGGCGUUCACCAGGCUGUUCUCCAGCGCGGACUUCGAGCUCGCCUGGAGGGCGGAGGCCGACCGGGACCCCGCCGCCCUCGCGGCCGGGCUGCGGCAGCUGCGGCGCCUCGAGGAGC